AUGGCUAUUGUUAAUCGAUUUCAAUUUAGCAAAAACGGCGGACCGGUGAUUAUGUUGCAGCUAGAGAAUGAGUACUUUGGUCCGGCUAUUCCGCACAGCCCAGAAUAUCUGCGUUUUCUGCACGAUCUUGUUGUAAACAGCGGUUUCAAAGAGCUUCUCUUCACUAGUGAUCCAGGCCACGUGGCAGCAAAAAUGCCCAUUAAGGGCAUUUUUCCCAAAAACGAUGUCCUGGAGACUGCCAACUUCAACACUGACUCUGAUGCUCAGUUGACAGCGCUGGCUAAAGCGCAACCAGGUCGUCCACUUUUUGUCUCCGAGUUCUGGCCCGGAUGGUUUGAUUUUUGGGGUGCCAAAGAGGCGCACCACCGCUACACCGCCGACAAGUUUGACCACGAGAUGAAUGACAUUUUGUUCAAGCACAACGCUUCUGUCAGCAUUUACAUGUUCAUCGGGGGCACCAACUUUGGCUUCUACAACGGUGCCAAUGACAAGCGGUCCGCUUUUGAGUCUGCCCUGCACGUCGUCACCUCUUACGACUACGAUGCACCGCUUUCCGAAUCAGGCAACUACACCGCAAAGUACCACAAAACUCGGGAACUGUACCAGAAGCUGGUUUCCACUGGGCGCCUGCCCAAAACCCGACUGCCCGAGGUGCCCAAGGUGCAGCCGGUUAAGGCGUACGGAAGUGUAAAAGUAGAGCGACAGUUGCCCCUUGAGGAGAUGCUGAAGAUUACAAAGAGAUUUGCGUUGAAGCAGGCCGUUACAAUGGAGAUGUUGCCUGAACCGCAGAGCCUCGGUUUCAUCCUCUACCGAGUGGUGGGCAAGGGCGUGAAGGUCUUUGAGGUGACGGAAGCGAUCUUCGACCGAUCACUCUUCCUUGAGAACGGAAAGGAAGGCGCCGAGGUGCCCUAUGGAAGCAGGUUUAUUGAGGCUAAGCCAGGGCGAAAAGCCACCGAAGUGACCACCUUUGACAUGCUGGUGGAGAACCAGGGCCGCAUCAACUACGGCGUUCACAUGGAGUCGGAGCGAAAGGGCAUCAACUCGAACAUCACCCUCGACGAUCAUGUGGUCCACAACCUGACCGCAUACUCGCUGGACUUUAACGCCACCUUCCUCGCCGAGCUGCCGAAGCUUCACUGGACCGCCUUUAACCACACUAAACUUCUCUUCAGUCCGGCAAUGUACGAGGCUAAACUGAAGGUGGAGGGUCGCCCAGAGGACACCUUUCUGAAGAUGGACGGCUGGACAAAGGGCAACGUUUUUGUGAACGGCUUUAACCUAGGUCGAUACUGGAAAGUCGGUCCUACCAAAACAAUGUACCUGCCUGCUCCGUUGUUAAAGACGGGUGAAAAUACUAUUCAAGUUUUUGAACUGCACAUUCCUGGCGACCAGUUGCACUUUGUCGAUCAGCCAGUUUUGGGUUAA